CUUUGGAACUUGACUCUAUUGGACGACUGCUGAUUCUAAAGAAUUAUCCCCAUUAUUUGUUGGGGAAACGUUCCGAAUAUGCCGUAUUUGGAGAAAAAACAAACCAAUUAACAUGUUGAUUCUCCACUCCCGCUGAGUUUUGAUCUGAACCAAUGAUGUUGGGUUCACCUACAUCUCCAAAGACAGGCGCUAAUGCCCAGUUCUUGCCUGGAUUUUUAAUGGGGGAUCUACCAGCUCCAGUGACUCCGCAACCUCGAUCAAUUAGUGGCCCUUCAGUAGGAGUAAUGGAAAUGAGAUCACCUUUACUAGCAGGGGGCUCCCCACCACAGCCAGUUGUCCCUGCUCAUAAAGAUAAGAGUGGAGCUCCACCUGUGAGAAGUAUCUAUGAUGACAUUUCCAGCCCAGGACUUGGAUCAACGCCUUUGACUUCAAGAAGACAGGCAAACAUUUCAUUGUUGCAGAGUCCUCUUGUUGGAGCUACAACUCCUGUACCUGGGCAAAGCAUGUUUAGUCCAGCAAACAUUGGUCAACCACGAAAGACAACACUAUCUCCUGCCCAACUGGAUCCUUUUUAUACUCAAGGAGAUUCUCUGACUUCAGAAGAUCACCUAGAUGACACUUGGGUGACUGUGUUUGGGUUUCCACAGGCAUCUGCUUCUUAUAUAUUAUUACAGUUUGCACAAUAUGGGAAUAUCUUAAAGCAUGUGAUGUCUAACACAGGCAACUGGAUGCAUAUUCGUUACCAAUCUAAAUUGCAAGCCCGGAAAGCCUUAAGCAAAGACGGGAGAAUAUUUGGAGAAUCCAUCAUGAUUGGUGUCAAGCCAUGUAUAGAUAAAAAUGUCAUGGAAAACAGUGACAGAGGAGUCUUGUCAUCUCCAUCUCUAGCCUUUACAACACCCAUCAGGACUUUAGGCACUCCAACACAGUCCGGAAGCACUCCUAGGGUUUCUACCAUGAGGCCUCUUGCCACAGCAUACAAGGCCUCCACUAGUGACUACCAGGUUAUUUCUGACAGACAGACACCAAAGAAGGAUGAGAGCCUUGUGUCAAGAGCGAUGGAGUACAUGUUCGGUUGGUAGUACAGCAGGAGCUGGACUGAGCCGCUAUGCUACAGUAGCAGAGGGCUGCCAUGCCAUGGGUUAGUUGUAUAACCAUCCUGGCAGUGUGGGAUACCCAUCUCGGAUACAUCUUUUACAAUCCUUUGGUUAAGGAAACAGCCCAUCUGUAGCUUGCACUUUAAAAGAUGGCCGUGAUAGACCUGAAGAGAAGAUGCCCACAUGGCAUUUGUGCUUCUGUGAUGUAGUGCAUGCUUAGUGCCGGGUACCCGGCGACUACUGCGGUCAAUUAAAUGAUUGAGCUUCAAGUGAGUCUCACUGGCUUUCAUGAGAAGGCGGAUGAAUCUCAGAGAGUGAGAGCUGCUUUACCAAGACACAGUGAUUAUAAUUAGCAAUUUGAAUUAUGGUCUUAAUUUAGAUAGUAUUUAAUAUCUUUGUAUAUGUCUUGUGGAUUGUCAUCUCUUAUAUUCUUUUUAAAAACCAUCUACAACUAAUGUUUCCAAAUAAACUUUGUCAAUUUUUAUGUGCUAAACAUUUGUUUGGAAGGUUGAUUUAUUGUUGUAGUUUUAAGAGUUCACUGAAAUAAUAGAAAACAUGUUAGUAACUUAUACCUAGAAUCCAGAUUUCAUUAUCAUUAUUACAUUUUGUCAUAUUUGAUUUCCUUCUUUUGUUUGAGUACUUCUCAGAUAUGAGAUAUUUUUCAUCCAAAUAUUUGGAUAAAUAAAAAACAUUUCUAUAGAGUCUUAAGUUUGUUAAUAUGCAAAAUACAGGUCAUUUAAAUUUGUAAUUUCCCCCAAAUUGACUAUUUGUUGUUGUGCUUUAUUCAAAUAAUGAUCUUAAUGAGGUUGCCACAGUAGUAAUAGUGUCUUAAUAUUUAACUGUUUAAUAGUUAAAUCUGUUAAAAACAAUAGUUCUCUGUGUUCCUCACUAUCCAACACUCCUGGCCUUGGUAAAGCAGCUACGUGAGUUGUGAGUACAUAGUCUAGUGCUUGGAUUUGGUCAGUUGUAUGUAUAUGUGUAUGUAUGUAUGUAUGUAUGUGUGUAUGUAUAUAUGUAUAUGUAUGUGUGUAUGUAUAUGUAUGUAUUUAUGGUUCAGCUUGUACCUCAUUUUUUCACAUCUUAGCCAUUAUAUCUGGAGAGAAUCCCAUUCUGCUUUCAUUUUUUUUAAUAGCAAUAGGUAUACUUUAUAUAAAAAGAAGAGACACCUAAUUCUCGUCACACUUUUAAAGGUACUUAUCUUUAUCACUGGACACAGGUACAGGCCUAAUAGCUUCUUUGGAACCUUCUCUGAAUUCUUUGAUAAAAUGUUUAAAGCCCACGUAUUUCUGAUGCUUACCUGUAUCAGUUGUUUGGAGACAAUAAGACUUUUUCCAGCUGUCACUACUAUUGCAUUUAUAUUCAGAAUUACCCUAUGUAAUAGGCUCUUUGAUUACAGUAGUAUACAUUCAUACAGAAAUACCAGGCCUUUCCCUUUAUCAUACAGAAUAAUGUUUUCAGGCCUUGGUGUCUUAAAGAACUUAAAUAUAAUACUAUACCUAUAUUUACAAAGAUACUCUGUAUAUAUACUAUAUUGAAAACAGGUUUCAUUUUAUUAUUGUUUCUUGUUAUUUUUUUGUUCAGAUUAUCUCCUUUGGCUGCUAAGAUUCUCAGAAAGGGCUCUUAAAAGAAAAGAAGCUUUUAAUUAAAAAAUACAGGGC